CUGCACGUUAGGAGUUUAUGCUUGAGGAAGAAGGCAGGCUUUAAACUUUAUUACUGUCAUUAGUUUAACUGCACUUGAAGAAACAAAACCUAAGGCAGAAUAGAAAUGUCCAAGAGAAGAAUCCUGAGCUGACGUGUUUAAAGACUUUGUUCACUAUAGAUAAGCUGGUGGAUUUAUGAGCUUGAUCAUUAUAAAUACAGGAAGAAUCUCUAGGAGACUUCACAUAAAGAACAAAUCAGCACUGCUAAAAAAAAUUCUCAAACUGGACCACCACUGGAGUAAUAAUGGACCUGAAACAACACCUUGAGAAACUGGAGUGCCACUUCACUUGGGAUCUGGGCCACUAUCGAAAUGAGCUCCAGGGGUUGAGGAAGAACAUACAAAACAUGUUAGAGCAGGAAUGCACUUGGGUGGUUCACCAUUACAACCUGCUGGGCUACAUCCAACAGACUCUCGGCUUCAACACAGAGGCGCUGAUGUACCUGCACAAAGCAGAAAGUGUGAUGCAGGAGCAGGGAACAGAAGAAGCUGCAGUCCGGCUGCAGGUCAACAAAGCUAACAUGGCUUGGGUCUACUACCGCAUGGGAGACAUGAAUAAGAGUAAAGCAUACCUAGAAGAGGUGGAGAGGCUUCAGCGAAUGCAUCCUGCUCCACCUGGAUGUGCUCUACAUCCUGAAGUCAGUGGAGAAAAGGGCUGGACGCUGGUGAAGUUCAACAAAUCCAAGAAGCAUCAGGCAAUUUAUUAUUUUAAGAUUGCUUUGAAAGAAGAACCAGGAAGGAAGGAAUGGCACAAAGGUCUUGCCAAAGCCAUGAGCGAGGCAUUUACAAAUCAUAAAAGCCCUCCACAGCAUAGAAAUGAAAUUCUAAAGCAGCUGAAAACUGCACAUGAGAACGAACCAAACAAUUUGUACAUUCAUGCUUUUUAUUUAGAAAAAUACUCUGAAGUGCAAUCAGUAAGCACUGAGAGACCAAUGCAAGGUUUACUAGAGAAAGCUCUUAAAACUGGAGACCUGGAAUGUUUGGUUACUAUUCUCAGGUAUUAUAGAACCAUUUCUGUAGAUAAAGCUAUUGAAGCAGCAGAGAGAGCACGAGAAAAGUUCCCCACCUCAAAUAAAGUGUUGAAACACCUGGCAAAUUGCUACAAAAGGAAGGUUUACAAAGUAAAGAAAGACAGCAUGGAAAGGAGGAAGUUGGCUAAGAAAUCUGCUGAGAUGUUUGAGGAGGUUGUCAGACAUUAUCCUGACUCACUCAGAGAAAAGGUAGGCCUUGCAUCAAUGCACCACUGUGCAGACAACACUGAGAGAGCAGAUGAGAUUUACCAGCAGCUCCUGUCAGAGAAAGAUGAUUUCCCUCCCCACAGCCAACAGUAUAUUUACUAUAGUUAUGCCUGCCAUCUACACAACUGCAGACGGUCAGAAGAUUCAAUCAUCUUCCACAUGAAAGUGGCAGAAAUCCCAGCUAAUACAGAUGACAAACAGAAGAGCAUAAACGUUCUUCAAAAAACUGUGAUGAAUGGCACAUACCCUCACUGUGAGGAAAUUAUAAGUUUUCUGAAGAGAAUUCAUAUUUACUAUUAAAGUGUGCUUUAUUAUAACAACCAUAAAAAAUAAGUAGAGAAGAGUUUUCUCUGUUUAACCUGAUUCACAAACUAUAAUAAAGACAUGGUGCUCAGUAAAGAAAAAAAAACAAGAAUUCAAAAUUAUAUAACAUUAAUUUGUUUUGUGUUAAUGAGUGUUGGACUUGUAAAAAAAAGUUUUUCUUAUUUUUCCUCUGCAUAGUGUAUUGUAUAGGUAUUGUGUGAUGACCUGAAGGUGAGGGACAUUGGGUCAUUUGAUAGUAUUUUAAAAGAAUGUUCAUGACAAAUAAAGUUUCCCAUUUCACCUUCAUUUACCCAUUUUGAGAACAUUUAAGGGGGGGGGGGUGAAAUGCUAUUUCAUGCAUACGGAGUUUUUUAUACUGUUAAAGAGUUGGAUUCCCAUGCUAAACAUAGACAAAGUUUCAAAAAUUAUUUUUUUUGUUCCAAAAAUACUCCUUCCGGUUUGUCACAAGUUUUGUAAAGUUUUUUUCGAGUAUGGCUCUGUGUGACGUUAGAUGGAGCGGAAUUUCCUUAUAUGGGUCCUAAGGGCACUUCUGCCGGAAGAGCGCACGCGUGCCCGUGGAGCAGAGCAGAGACAUUCACUGAUCAGAGCGAGAGCGAAAUGUCACAAAAGAAGUGUGUUUUUGGUUGCAAAGGGCAAGACAACCCUGCACAGAUUACCAAAAAAAAAAACAUUAAGGGACCAGUGGACGGAGUUUAUUUUUACAGAGCAUCAAUGGAGUUGUACAAGUGUUUUUGUUUGUUCCCUGCAUUUCGAAGAUGCUUGUUUUACAAACAAGGCCCAGUUUGACGCCGGAUUUGCAUAUCGUUUAUUUCUUAAGGAUCCCAAUGAAAAAGGGUCACGAUCGUGUGUUGGAACCGCAUGCGGUGAGUAAAACUGCUUCAAAUAUCUCUGUGUUGUUAACUUAGCUAUCGGCGCGUGAGCACAUCAAGUAAACCUUGUACACUUUUAAAGAAAAAAAAAGACGACAUAAAGUGGAACUUUCCAAAACCGCUAAGCAAAUAUAUACAGUUUCAAUACAUACCACAUAGAAACGUCCUGCUGUAGUCGUUGCUGCUGCUGCUCUCGUUCAGUUUCAGCCUCGGGAUCUGAUUCUGGAUCAUAAAUAUACGGCUGAAUCUGACUGUAAGCCAUGGUUUGUUUUGGAUGAUGGUUUUUUUCCUCACGGUAAUGUCACAGCUUCCAAACGCUCUCAACGCAAAAGCCUUCUGGUGCUCGUGAUUCUUUAGCUCCGCCCACACGUCACGCCUCCAGCCGGUCGUGUUUUUCCGGGAAAAAUCGGCACAGACUAUCUUUCUCUUAUAAAUAUAAUAAAACUAAAGUCUUUUUGGAGUUAUGAAGGAUGCAGUACUACUCUAUAGGUACUCAAGAUUAACAGGAUAUUGAGUGGAAAUGAGCAUUUCACCCCCCCUUUAACCCAAGACAAUACAGAAAAAUAAUAAACAUUAAUAGUUUUUCCUCUGCAAUUAAUUUCCAGAAUGACUAUCAUCUCAUUUGGGAUAGUCUCAAACAUCUAAUGAAGGACAAGAAGAGUGUAGUAAAUUUCCAUCCCAUAAAAAUUCACUUGUUUAAUGUAACUUAAGACAAAGUUAAUAAAUAAAUAUGUAUUGCUUAUAUUGGCUUCAUCUCCUUUUUCUGUCAAUUUAGGAAAUGGUGAAUUAAUUUUGAAUACACAUUGAAUCUGAAAUUGGAUGAUGAAUAUAUAUCUAGCAGCAAAAAGAGCUGGAACCAAAAAAAUACUAAAAGGCAGAUUGACUUUGUAAACACUAGCACAUACUGAGAAUACAAAUAUUCAUUAUGGUGAAUAUGCAAAUCUCCUCAACUGUCUAAACAGCUGACCAGAAAAUACAGUCGGGUCACAUUCACAAAACAGCAUAAAUAUCAAAAGCUCCAAAUGUUAUUUGUAGACAAAAUUUCUGGAAUAUAUCUAAUGUUUAUAUUAUAAGUUAUGAGUUUGGGGAUUCAGUAAAACCUGGGUCUAGUUGAUAAAACAACACAGUGAUUCAUGUGCAUUAAUGCUGCAAAGCAGCUUGCAUGAUACAUUUAUACCAAAACACAUGCAUUAAGCUUGAGAAACAAGUCUCUAGACUUUUAUCAUUAGGAAAAACUUCACUGCUUUUCGUAGCAGUUUCUGUGCUAAUACUGUCACCUAGAGGAAUUACAGUACAGCUAUAAUAAAGCAUAUUUUUAAACCACUUUUGCCUCCCCCAAAUUAAGCUUUACAAAUACAGCUCUUUAUAUGAGUCUAUUAAACUGAGGGCAUUGUCUCAACGGGUAAAGGUUGACUUCUUUCAAUAAAAAGUCCAACAAAUUAGAAAUACUUUUAAGUUUACCUUACCUGGCUGUCAAGAAGAAACUCUGCAAGCUUGCUGGCUCAAUUUUAACUUAAAAUCUGCAUGAAAUCAAAAUGGACUUUAUUUACUCUAUUAGCACACAUUGCUAGUCUUUAUGUGAACAAUUAAUCCAUCCAAGUUAAUCCGCUGUAAAAAAAAAAAAAAGAUUUGUCAUGGUAAUCUUUAAUGAAAUCUGAACAUUUAAAUGCUUCCGCUCUGGAAUGGCAUUCCUUCUCUGAAUAUGUUCAUUUGACAGCUUGGGCAGAAUAUCCUUAAACAGACCCUCCAACGCCACAGCCCUGCAGAGGCAAUGGUGAUAGACCCAAAGUCUUUUUUUCCUCAGUUACUUUAUAUACUGAAAACGUCUGAGGUGCAAGCAGAAAACAAUGAUGAAGAAAUACACAUUUCUAGAGAGAAAUAGAGAGAACCACUGAAACCCAAAACUAUUUUUCAGUAUUACAGAAAAUAUUCAGCAGAGAGAGUUUUUCAAGAAGGAGAAAGGGUUCAAGAAAAUUUUCCUAACUCUACUGAAGUGUUUAGAAUUGUAGCUAAUUUAUACAAAUGGAAGGCUUUCUUGAUGAAGAAUGACAGUGAGGAAAGGGAGACUUUGUCUAGGAAAUCCACUGAGCUGUUUGAGGAGGUUAUCAGACAUUAUCCCGACCGUCUCAAAGUAAAGUUUGCCCUUGCAUCACUGCACUGUUACACACACAACACUGAGAAAGCUGAGGAAGUUUACCAGCAGCUCCUUUCAAGGAAAGAUGAUCUCUCUCUUGAAUAGUUAUGCCUGCCAUCUACAUUAUUUUCAAUAGUCCAAAGAUUCAGUCCUCUAUUACGUCCAAGGAAUGACAGAUCGUAAACGAAAGAGUAUUAAAAAAAUCCUUUAAAAUAUUAUGAGGAGGAAAAGAGACCCUCGUUGUUUGGAAAUUCAGCAUUUUCUUGAAGGAAUGGAGACUUAAAAUAUAUUCUAAUGCUACAGACAAGUUAUAAACACUGUACCAACAUCAUACAACAACCCUUUAAAAAAGUCAUUAUGGAGGAUGUUCUCUUUACAUUUCACUCUAUGCAGAAAACAUAAUAAAGAAAUGGUGGUGAAGAAAAAAAGAAGACAUAAAAAUGGGACAAUUAUUCCCAAUCACAAAUUAUAAUUCCCAAUCACUAGUCUAUAUUAGAAUUCAAUGCUAUAAAUUGUUGUCUUAAUGGAUGUACAGUAUUUUCCAGCACUAGUUACAUUAAUGUUUAAAAAAACAAAACAAAAAAACAACAACUUAGAGCUGGAUCAUGUGCUUGUUGCAUUUAAUUAUAACUACUAAAAUACUUUUAUACUGUAACUGGUUUGAUUUGAGACCUUCAUUUCUGAAAUUAGGAUUUACAGAUGUGUUGAUUACAUGUGCUGCUGUUUCAAAUAGAAUAAACAUUUAUUAUAAAA